GCGGGCUGAGCGCACAAUGCCCGCCUCUUCCUCCUCCUCUGCCACACUUCCGCUUCCGGCCCGGAAGAAGAGGGGGAAGGAGAGAGGCAGCCAUGCAGCUCGGGCCGCUGACCAUCUGCGGAGAAGUGACCGUCCUGCACGGCGGGUUCCUGCUGGCCUCCCAGCUGUGCCACCCCCGGCCGUUGUCCGAGCUGGCCAAGUCCGACUGGCCCGUGGUGGGGAAGCCCAUCCUGGAGGCGCUGGAGGAGAUCUGCACCUCACACUCGUCGUACCCGCCGCAGCCGGACGCCUGGAAGAAGAAAGCGGCGGUCAUCCUGUGGUCCAAGGUGCUCUUCUCCGAGGCCCCGGCGGUCUCCCUGAACCAGCGGUGGAAGGACGACGCCUUCUUCUCCGUCAGCAGCAUGAUCCCGGAGGUCAACCGCACGGUUCUUUUCGAGCUCUUCAUGGCGGCCAACGCGCCCCGGCUUUUCACCGAACUUCUCCUGGUUCUUCCGGAGCCGCUUUGCCGGCGGGAACUGGAGGCGCUGGUGGCGUACGUGGCCAAGGAGACCUCUGCGCGCGACGUCCGCUUCUACUUAGACGUGUGGUGGGAGAUCAUGAAGCACAAGGCCGGCCAGGAAGACCGGCUGACCUUACUCUUCCGCAGCGUCUCCCAGCAGUGUCUCCCGGAGCCGGACGACACGGGUCAAGCCCCGAAGCGCUUCAAGAGUGAUGCCCCUCCCUCGACGCAUCCCCCCCUCGAGACGAACAUCCUUCCCAUCUUAACGGAGGGUUUGAAGCUGAUCCAGGGGAGCGUCUGCCCGGCGAAGAUGAAGUGUUACGCUCUUGCCAACUUCGUGGACCUUGUGUCCAUGUCGCUAGCGGCGUGCGACGCAGAGUCGGUGCCCAUCAAGACGUACUUGGUGAAGGUCUCUUCGGUGGUGACGCUUUGGUGCAGCGACUGCGACAACCGCUAUAGCAAAACGGAGCUGGACGAGAAGGUGAAGGAGGCCGAGCGGAGUGUGAGUUUGCUCAGCGUGGCUCAGACGUCCAAAGCAUUCUUGCUCAUAGAUUUGGCUUUUCUCCACGCUUUGUUGGAAGAGUGGUCUACGGAGCUUCAGGAUUUCCUCAACGAUCCGGAACAGGUCUGCUACGAAAGCUACCGGCUCCUCGAUUGCUUGGCGUCGUUGCAGAAGCGGCUGGCAAGGUCUGCUGAGUUGGGGGGCGACUUGGAAGACGAGACGGCCAAGGCCGUGGCGCGCCUCUCCGAACUCGUGGCGGACUUCUUGAAGAGCGUCAGCCUUAAGCCGUGCAACAAUGAGGCCAAAAAGGACGUUGUGGCCUCCGUGGCCAUGGUCAUCAUCGACAAGCGGAUGGACCGCCACGAGGAGGUGUGCUCCGUGUUCGCGGCGGAGAAAGACUGGGCGCUCUCCGAAGAAUGGGCCGAUUGCCUCGUCAAGAACAAGGAGCUCUUCCGGGAUCCCGGGACCGUCCUCAAAUUGGCGCAGACUUUGGCCAACAGCAGCCAAGAUGCCCAAAGCCAGGGGCAGGCCGCCCGCGUGGCCAAAGUCAUCCUUGAGUGUUACACGGCGCUCCCCUUGACCGAUCAGAACCAAGUCAUUUCCGGCGUCUUGGCGACGUGGGGCCGGAAGGGCCUUUCCGGGGCAUCACCGGCCUUCUCGGAGGGCUUCCAGGAGGAACUCAACGUGGCCUUCAACCAGAUCAUCCAGAGCGUGUCCGGAGAAGGCUUCCAGAGGGUGGUGGCUGCCGUGUCUCGGCUGGUGGCGCUCAACCCAGAAGCGACGGUCAAGAAGAUCUACCAAUUGGUGGUGGCCAAUUUAGGAACGCACCUCUUCUUGGCGGAGAUCUUGUGUUGCUUCCCGGCCCUGAGGUUCCAGGAGGGUCAGGAUGCGGGGGACGCCUCAGCCAACCUGCUCGUGGCCUGCCUGCGGGAGACCAUCUGGGACCGGCUGACCUCCGCCAAGGAGAAGGAGCAGUUCUUGGAGUUCCUGGGCUACCUGCUCCAGCCCAACGGGGCCCACCCGCUCCUCUCCCCGGCCGAAGUGACCCGCAGCCUGGUCCUCCCGUUCCUCAAGUCGGACUCCCCGUGCGUCGAGCUCUGCUUGCGCAUACUCGACCAGGCCCUGAAGGUGCCUUCGGAGCCAGACUGGAUCCACGCCUGCCACCCCUUCCCGCUCCUCCUCUCCCUUUGCAAGCUCCUCGACGGCUUCGCUCAGUACUGGCACGAACCGGAAGGCCACCACGCGUGCUCCUUCGAGACCAAGGACUUGGUGGCCACCAACCUGGCCCGGCUGUGCCACGCCCUCUCGGCCCAGAAGGACUCCUUUUCCCCGGCGCUGUGGGACCAAUCCGUGUCCUGGCUGCACAGGAAGGCCGGGGCCUUGGACUGGACCGUUGGCUUGCGGCUGGAGAGCGUCUACGGGGAGCACUUCAAGAAGGAGGUCCCCUCCACACUCUUCGAGGUCUGCAAGCUGCCUCAGGAGGAGUGGACCUCCCGCUCAGACGGACAGUACGGGCCGGGCAGCGGGCUCCUGGCCUGGAUGGAGUGCUGCUGCGUCUCCACCGCGCUGAGGGAGAAGAUGCUGGUGCUCCUCACGGUCAACGUGGACAACCCCGAGGAGGUCAACCUCUUCAGCAAGGGCUUCUUGGUGGCCCUCGUCCAGGUCUUCCCGUGGUGCAGCCAGACGGAGUGGCGGCGCCUGGUCCACGUCAUCCAGAGCCUCUUGGAGCGGGAGGUGCUCUACGUGCCCUACUCCCUGGAGUAUGUCCCGUUCCUCCCGCUGCUGGACUUCCGCCCCUUUGCCUUCCACCUCCAGCUCUCGGUGCUGCUCCUGAGGGUGUUCCAGUUCCUGUGUGGCUCCAGUGGCGCGGGGUGGAUGCCCUCGGCCGCCUGGAAGCACCUCUCGCGGCUCUACUGCCUGAGCGUCUCCGACCUGCUGGGCUCCGCAAAGGAGGCGGCGCGCGGCAUGCGGCGGACGGAGGACCCUCGGGGUGGCGUGCGGCGGGAGCUCUCCUUCACCUACGUCCAGAUCUUCUGCCACGUCCUGCACGUGGCGGCCAUGCUGCCCGAGGACGGCACCGCCGAGGCCCUGCUCGUCCUCUCCUUGGAGGUCCUCUCGCAGUACGAGGUCCUCUACGAGGCCGACGAGUCGCUGGGCAGCUCCCUCCGCAAGGCCAACGAGAGGCACUUCCUGGAGUCCAUCGCGGAGAACGUCACCAACAAGGAGGUCCGCACCAUGCUCCUCCAGAAGCUCCGCAAGCUAUGAAGGCGCGCCAAGGCGGGCUCGGGAUGGGCGCUCCGUAUACGCGGGAUCCCUCCGAUCCUGACAACGAGCGAGGAUUUCGUUUCGAUCGUCGGUGGGGAACCCGAGAGAUCUCUAAUAAACAUCUAUCUCUUUUUUU